AUCUUCAUUUACAGUUUACGGCCACGAACUAGCUUGUUUUUUGAUUCAUUAUCUCAAGAGCCCAAGUCAAGAAAACACAGCCCCUAACCGUCGAGAUCUACAAUCAUUCAGGUGGUUAGUUAUCAUUUCAGAGCUUGUGACGAGUAGCAACAUGUUGGCGUUAGAACUCACGUUGAUGGGUCUCUUGUUGAACCUGAUGUCUGUAAACUGUAACGUCGAUAUGGAGCUGUCAUACUCUGAGAAAAUUAAGUACCCGAUAGAUGACCAGAAGACCAUUAUUGUUGAAGGCUUCGUUCCUCAGACUUCCCAAAGCUUUUUGGUGAGCCUCGCUGACAAAGAGGAAUAUUCACGGAGUAUAGAUAUACCUCUACAAGUUCAGGUUGACUUUAACCAGAAGUGUCUGGAGAUAACCUACAAAAAGGACGGACAUUGGCCAGAUGAGAAAGAUACAGUUGAAAAUAUUCCAUUUACCAAAGGGGAAAAAUUUGAGUUCAAGAUAGCUCUAUCGCAUGAUUUUUUCAAACUGUUCGUCAACGAAGUGUUUUUUAGAGAUUUUAAGCUCCAGAUGUCCAAGGAUCUAAUCCACUACAUACAUGUUGAUGGUAAUGUUGACAUCAGCAGGAUUUUCCACUCGGUUCGUUCUGUUUGUCUAUAAGUGUAUAUAUGAUUUAUGUUUGCGUAAGAGUGGAGUUAUUAGAGAAACAUUGUUA